AUGGUCGAGCGCUGCAGAAGCUUAUCUUUGUUUGUUUGCUGCUUGUGGACAUGCUUUCCUGCAUGUGUUGCCAACUUGAUGAUUUGGAAUGAUGGCUAUUGCGACAUGGUGGUGGAAACGGAGAAUAAGACCGUGGGUCCAGGAAAGUUCCCUCAGCUGAUACACGCGCAGACUGCAAAGAAACUGCUGCGCUUCGCAGGGCCAUCCACCCUCGCAGUCUAUUUUGUUCCUAGGUCUGAGAAGGCCGUGAUGCACCUUGUUGCUCCCGAGGGACCGCCAGGCAAGCGGCAACGUACCUUCGAGGUUCCAGACUUCACCGGUCGCAUGGCCCAGUUCCACGAACUGCACAUCCCUGCCAAAGGGGAUGGCUGGGACUGCUCCAGUCCGCUGGCACCGGCGGAGGAGGAGGCUUCAUCUUUACUCACUUUAAUCCUACCGGCCCUGUUUCUGCUGGUGCUGGCAGUGUCCUGGGCGCUGGGCGGCUCGAACAUCGGGUCCUGGGAGACCGGCAUUUGGAUUGCUGUCACGGUUUAUUUUUACGUUCAGGGCAUGCUUUCAGUGUAUCGCCUCAGCAAUUCCUACCAUGCCUAUUGCCAAGAAGUGGGCAUUGGCACUUGCGAUGUGCAUGGAGACCGAGUCUGGGGCCUCUACGACGACACGAAGUGGCUCAAUCAAGUCUUUGGCGGCAGGCGCUGGGACCGAAAGGACUUGCAGACCCGGGAGCUCGUGGCCAACUUUCCAAGCAUCCUGGCCUUCGUCGUCUUUUACCUUCUUCUAAAGGCGCUUCUAGCGAGAGCUUCAAAAAACCUGGAGUUCGCCGGAACUCUUCUCCUUGGUGCCGGCUACGUCUGCUUUCUUCACGAGUUCACCAUCCUCCAGCCUCUGUCUUACGCGCUGCUGAAUUAUGCGAUCUCCCGAUGUCUGGUCUCUGGGGGGCGACUGGGCCGGGCCUUGCUGGUCCCGUGCAGUUGGCUGCUUGGUAUCCUGGCCUUGGCGGCCGCCGGUCGGGAGCUGAGUCUCGAGACGCUCUCCCGGUCUCUGGGCGGCAGAAAGCUGCAAGCCUGGGGCCGUUGGAUGGACCGCUUCCAGGGAGAGCUGUCCUGGUUUAGCGUCCUACGCUUUUGGGUCUUACGCUGCAUCAGCUGGACGGUGGACUUUUCUCGUAGCCUGGACGCGGCCAAGACGGGCACGCCCGCGAGCACGGGGCUUGAAAGCAACACCAGUGGUUCCGACCACAAACAUCGCGCGGAUGCCAGUCGACCGUUGCAGGAGUAUAAGAGCUUGUCCCUGUAUGCGGCAUACCUGCUCUACCCACCACUGUAUAUGACAGGUCCCAUCAUCUCCUUCAAUGCUUUCGCAUCUUACAUAGAGCAGCCUCAAGUGGAAUUUCAAGGGUGGGCCUUGGCGAGGUACUGGCUCCGCUGGCUGCUUGACACCUUCCUUUUCAUCGCUUUUGGGCACUUCCUGUACACCUCGGCCUUGGCAGUCAAUGGGCCGCUGACAAGCAUCCGAGACAACAAGGCCGUGAUGUUCGAUAACCUCCUGAAUUUCGGCUUGGAUGGUGAGACCAUGAUCUGGUUUUCCUUCUGGUCCCUGAAAGGCCUUUGGUUCAAGUUUCUGGUGAUUUGGCGCUUUGCAAGAGGUUGGGCUAUAAGUGAUGGCGUGGCAGCGAUGGAGAACAUGGAAAGGUGCAUGUGCAACAAUUACUCGGUUAGAGAUUUCUGGCGAGGCUGGCAUCGAUCCUUCAACCGAUGGCUGGUUCGUUACGUGUACGUGCCUCUUGGAGGAUCAGGAUCUUUCUUGCGUCAGCUUGGAAGCACCGCCUUGGUCUUUACCUUCGUGGCAAUCUGGCACGAACCUACCUUGCUGCACCUGCUCCGAGAGGAACAGCGAUUGCUCGUCUGGGGCUGGCUUUUGGCCCUGUUCGUGGUCCCGGAGCUCGCAGCCGAACGCCUGUGCAGUUUGCCUCGCUGCAAGGCGGGACCCGAUAGCCUUCCCAACAAGCCUCAACUUCCAUCGAUCCCUGUAGGUGCCUGCAACAUACAGAUGCUCAUCAUCGCAAAUCUAGUUGGCUACUCCUACGGCCUGAAGGGAGCCAGCUACCUGCUCCUCACAGUGAGUAACCCCAGGAUGUGGCGUUUUCUAGCUGCUUUCGUCAUCUGGCUCUUCGCCAAGACGCAGUUGAUGUUGAUUAUCCGACAACGCGAAGCUCGUGUCCCGGCCGGUGAGAAGGAGGAGCUGAUGGUCGCUGUCAAGCAGAUUGAUUGGGACAAGUCCAGCUCGGGGGAACAGGAACAGCGUGCGUUUGAGCGCGAAGUUGCGGUUCUCAUGAGGACGUGUCAUGAAAACCUUGUCCAAUUCCUGGGAAUCUCGUCAAUUGAAAGGCCUUUCCGGAUCAUCACCGAGUUCUGCGCGGGAGGCUGCGUCUUUUCCUUGCUCCACAACCAGGAGCUUCUUCUCUCCUGGUCCCAGAAGCUGCGGAUCUGCAUACAUGUCGCAAAAGCGAUGAAGUAUCUACAUGAGUUCAACCCGCAGGUGAUCCACCGGGACCUGAAGUCCCUGAAUCUGCUGCUCAGCAGCCCCGUGAAGAGCCAGGAGGAUGCGCCCUUCAUCAAGGUCUCGGACUUUGGGCUGGCACGCAUCAAGUGGCAGGCACCCGACUCCAGCUGGGGAAAGAUGACCCGAGCAGCAGGAACUUGCCACUGGAUGGCUCCGGAAGUCUUUGUGAGCCAUACCUAUGACGAGAAGGUGGAUCUUUACUCCUACGCCAUGAUCCUGUUUGAGGUCAUUUGCCAAGAGAUUCCCUUCGAGGACCAGAACCCAGCAGACAUUGGCCGCCUGGCCGUGAAAGGCUGCCGUCCUGACCUGGCCUCAGUGCCGGAGGAGUGUCCGGAGAUCCUGUGCAAGCUGAUGCAGUGCUGCUGGGCGGGGAGCUAA